CCGAAAUGUGCAGGACUGUUUUGAUUCUUGUGGCAACGAGUUUGCUAUGGAUUUUACAGGCGAAAUCAACGGAUCUUGAUAAGCACGAGAAUUGGAAACAUUUACCCACUGAGGAUUGCGGAAAGGCGCCUCCAACGGAUAGAAUCAUCGGUGGUAAGGAGGCAAAGCUGGGUCAAUUUCCUUGGAUGGUUCUCAUAGAAUUUGAUGGAGCGUUUUGCGGUGGGACCUUACUCAACAAAUAUUAUGCGUUGACUGCCGCUCACUGCAUUAAUGCUAGUGUUGACAGCAUAAAGGCGAUUUUGGGAACUAUUUUCAAUAAAGAUCCAUAUUGUGAGGGUGACGGUUGCGUCCCUACCCCACAAGUCAUGAACAUCAGUGAAAUAUACAAAAUGCCUGACGGCAUUGACUUAGGUCUGCUUCAAUUUUCUCAACCAGCUGAAUAUAACGAUCACGUCCAACCAAUCUGCUUGCCUCGCGGAGAUAUCGUCGACCAUCCGGAAAACUACUUAACAACGGACAAAGAUUUUCUAACUGUAUCCGGAUGGGGUGUCGUAAAUCACAGAGAAGGAAUUAACUCACCAUAUCUAAUGUAUGCUAAAUUUGCUCUUGUUGACAUGCAUGGUUGCUCAGGUUGCUGUGGCCCAGAUACAAAAGUUAUAUGCGUUGGAGGGAAUGAAACAAAUGUUUGUUUCGGAGAUUCCGGAUCGCCGGCGAUGCAACCGCAGAAGUUAGAAGAUGGUCCUGAAAAGUACUUUAUUUUGGGGACCCAGUCUGCUAUAAUUGCAGUAGGGACGUGCGAAGAAACAUUCGGCAUCUUCAUAAAUGUAGUUCACACGUUGGAGUGGAUACUGGAUCAUGUCAAUAAAUCGUAA